UGCCAAUCUCCACAAAGGAAAAGUAAUGGGAAGGAGAGGGGAAAACGUACUAAAGAAAGUCUUGUUUGGUUAUCCCUUUCUUUCAACCUCUAAAAUUAAAAAUAAUUAUCCAUUAGCACGUCACCACCAUCAUUUCUUAUAGUUUUUGAAAAGUUGUUCCCAUUAUCGAUCAUGGUGGGUGGGACUGCCUAAUUUAGCAGGGAAUCAAGCAUGGAACAGCGGAGGAAGAAGUCCUAUGUUAUUAAUUCAUUGACUAGGUUGUCCAUAACUGACCGGUUUAUAAAAAGACCAAUAGACCAGUCUCAUGAGACUGUCAAACUUGUAACUUUGUGGUUAUCAAAUCAACAGUCUGACCUGGUCAUCUUGUCUAUUCUAAAAGUAAGAUUAAAGCGGUGAUUGAGAUAAAACCGAGCCAUAUAUUUUCUCGGGUUGCUCUCCUUUUGAUGAGAAUUGAAUUGAGUAGAAGGGUGUUGCUUUUCUUUGGUUUUUGGUGACAUAGGAGAUUCUCUACACCCCUUGCAAGCAAAGAAGAAAGGAGAAAAAUGGUUGAAAACAGAAAUUUAGAAAAGAAAAAAGAAAUUAAAGGUUUGAUAUGAAAUGGGAAAUAGAAGAAAUUAGGAAGCUAGGGGCCAAAAGUCAUGGAAUAUAUUCCCCUCCCAACAUAACUAGGCCUAUGUUUCCAGAUAUGGUGUGAGAACAACCUUAGACAGCCUAACCACUUCAAAUUAUAUAAGAAAUACAGCUGCCACAUUUUAAGGCAGAAGACCUGAAAAUAUCAACCUACCAUCUCUCUCUCUCUCUCACUCUCUCUCUCUGCUCAUUUACCCUUUCUAAUAUAUAUAUGUUUCAUGCCAGAGUUAAUUUACCAUUCUCAUCAUCAUCAUAUCAGAAAUGGCUCUUCAGGAUCUGCAAAAUAAGGACACUAACCUGGUUUUAUCCAGUGAUCCAAAGCCGAGACUGAAAUGGACUCCGGAGCUUCACCAGCGAUUCAUUGAUGCAGUCGCUCAGCUUGGAGGUGCCGAGAAGGCAACCCCGAAAUCAUUGAUGAGACUGAUGAACAUUCACGGCCUUACUCUGUAUCAUCUCAAGAGCCAUUUGCAGAAAUUUCGAUUAGCGAAAAGCCAAGAAUUGCAGUCGUACCAUGAUGACAACAAAGAUGAAGAUUACAAACAGUCUCAGAGUCAGGAAAGCCAGAUACAUUCAGAUGGAGCUCAAAAUCAGAUGAAUGAAAGCAUGCAGGUAGCUCAAGCAUUACAGAUGCAAAUGGAAGUGCAGAGGAAACUACAUGAACAAAUUAAGGUGCAGAGACAUCUCCAGCUGAGAAUCGAAGCUCAAGGAAAGUAUCUCCAGUCUGUUUUGAAGAAGGCACAGGAAACACUUGGAAGAUACGGUCCUUCAGCUCAUGCAGAACUUGCAAAAGCCGAACUCUCCCAACUAGUAUCAAUGGUAGAUACGGGGUGCCCUAGCUCUUCAUUGUCAGUAUUGACAGAAAUCGGAGGAUCAAUUUCAAACUGCAGAGAACAACUGAGAACGGGCAUUGGAUGUUCACUUGACAGCUCCCUCACAUCAUCUGAGAGCUCGGGAAGGAAGGAAGAUACACAAGAAAGGCAUGAAAACAAAGAAAACGAUGAGAGGAAAGAGAAUUCAGUUGAACUUUCACUAAUGGAAAUGCAUCCAGGCCAGCAAAACGGAUCGAAAGAUGACCCUAGUGGAAGGAAAAGAAGCCGAAGUAUAAUUUCCUUUGACAAUUGUGUUGAAAAACCAUCUGAUAAAAGAUUCCAGGCCAGUAUUAAUGAUGAAAAGUUGAAAAAGUUUGGGUUCUUGGAAAAUAUCGAUUUGAAUAGCGAGUGUGUUGAUGACUUUGAUACUUAAACUGCAAGGGAGAUGGGUAUAAUUAGUUUAUGGAAACCCGAUCUAUUGAGAGAUGCUUUCAUAGUUCCUAUAGUUAGUAAUGUUGUUUAUAAAAUUAUGUGUGUAUUGAUAUGUGAAUGAAUAGCCAAAGAGCAUUUUCCCCAAGGCUUAUUACAAAAAGCAUGUACUUGAAUUCAAA